CACCUUAAUCAUCGCCCACUCAUCUCAUUCCUUAAAAACACACACAAACCUUAAACCUAGCCAGUGUUUGUGUGUGUUCUAGAGCCUUAAAAAUGGUUGGGUGGGCUAUAGCUGUGCACGGUGGUGCCGGUGUCGACCCUAACCUCCCAACCGAACGUCAAGAACAGGCCAAACUACUACUCACUCGUUGCCUGAAUCUCGGUAUAUCGGCUCUUCAAUCGUCCGCUGCCGCCAUAGAUGUCGUGGAACUUGUGGUUCGUGAAUUGGAAACGGACCCAAUAUUCAACUCGGGGCGUGGAUCUGCGCUGACAGAGAAGGGAACGGUGGAGAUGGAAGCGAGCAUCAUGGAUGGGCCUGGCAGGCGAUGUGGGGCGGUGUCUGGUCUCACCACCGUGAAGAAUCCAGUUUCGCUCGCUCGUCUUGUUAUGGACAAAUCCCCACACUCGUAUCUGGCCUUUUCGGGCGCAGAAGAUUUCGCCAAACAAAUGGGUGUGGAAAGAGAAGAAAAUGACUAUUUUAUCACUGAAGACAACGUGGGGAUGCUUAAAGUAGCAAAGGAAGCCAACUCCAUUGUGUUUGAUUAUAGAAUCCCAACCACCGGAUACGAGUCAUGUGGAGUCGGCGUAGAGAGCCCAAUACGCAUGAACGGUCUUCCAAUAAGCGUCUACGCACCAGAGACAGUGGGAUGUGUGGUCGUUGAUAGCCAAGGGCGUUGUGCAGCCGCAACAUCUACAGGAGGGCUAAUGAACAAAAGGACCGGCAGGAUUGGAGACUCCCCACUUAUCGGAGCAGGGACAUACGCAUGUGAUGCGUGUGGCGUGUCAUGCACAGGUGAAGGCGAGGCCAUUAUCCGAGGAACCCUUGCACGAGAAGUGGCCGCGGUGAUGGAGUACAAAGGGUUGGGUUUACAAGAGGCAGUGGAUUUUGUGAUAAAAGAGAGGCUGGAUGAAGGGCAAGCAGGGCUCAUAGCGGUGUCGAAAACGGGUGAAGUGGCUUAUGGGUUCAAUUGUGUAGGUAUGUUUAGAGGGUGUGCUAGUGAAGAUGGGUUCAUGGAGGUUGGUAUAUGGGAAUGAUUGUCAAGCACACCCACUCAACAUAGUAUGUGUUGGUCUCAAUAAGUUGCAGGGUCUCUAGCUUUAGUUUUAUCUUGUUUUAUGUUCAUUUAUUUUUCUUUUAAUGUAGCCAAAUUAUGUUGGACUUUUGUUUUUACAAAACUGGCUUAUGUUGUUUUCUUUCUUUCUUUCUUUCUUUUAUGUUAAUUUCA